AUGUCUCUCUACCACGAAGCAGCAGCGCUGCUCACAGGGCCAUCGACACACGGCGGCAGCUUGAAAUCACGAGUCUUUAGCAACAAGGACCUCAAGUCCCCCCCAGCGCAGGUCUACGCCCUGGCCCUAGAGACAUGCAAAUGGAGUUCUGUGCUCAAAGAAGUGGUUGAGAAUGCCGAAUUACUCAAGCAUGAGCGCAAGCUCACCCCCAUCCUCUCCAUCCUCCUAGUCCACGACCACCUCCUCGCAAAAGGUGGUAUCGCCCUCCCAGCCUCCCACGGCCUCCGCCAAUCCAUCGACCGCCACAAAGCCCGCCUCACCUCGGAAUUCACCAAAGCCCGCAUCCGCAGGAAAUGUCCCACCAUCGAAACCUUUCGCGACUUGAUAGAAGCGGAAUAUGCCGGCCCUGUUCAGCAUCCCCGAUGGAUCCGCGUCAAUGCUAUCAAAUCAACCCUUGACGCACAGUUGGAGACUACCUUCAAAGGGUUUGAAGUCGUCCCCUCGAUAACCCAAGUCAUGACCGCCCCCCGCAAGAAAAAAGUCUUGUGUCUUGACGGUCACAUCCCCAACCUCAUCGCCGUCCCCCCCUCCGUCCUCGACUUCACCAAGACGGAAGCCUACAAAAAGGGCGAGAUCAUCCUCCAGGACAAAGCCUCUUGCUUCCCUGCCUAUCUACUUGACCCAAGACCGGAAGAUGGGGAUAUCAUUGACGCUUGCUCCGCCCCAGGGAACAAAACCACCCACCUCGCCGGGAUACUCUCCGAACGGGGUUUCGCCCGAGGACAAACCAUCCACGCAUUUGAAAAAGACAGAAACAGAGCCAAGACCCUGCAGAAAAUGAUCAAAAUCGCGGGAAGUGACGCAAAAACGGUGGUUCACCCAGCAGAGGACUUCCUCCGGGCUGAUCCCCAGGCGGAGGAAUACGCCCAUGUCGGGGCGCUGCUGCUCGAUCCGAGUUGUUCGGGGAGUGGGAUUGUCGGCCGUGAUGAUGUUCCUGAGCUUUGCCUCCCUGAGGCGUUAGCCAGCAAGAACAAACCGGGUAAUGGGAAGAGUGGAAACAAGAAAAGGAAACGGGCCGAGGGGGAAGAGGAGAUGAAACCGGCACCUGCGAUGAUGGUGGAUGAUGAUGGACAGGAAACGGUGGUUUCCUCUGAAAAGGACCUACAGCAAAGGAUUGAGGCUUUGGCGGCGUUUCAGCUGCAGAUUGUUUUGCAUGCGUUUGAGUUUCCUAAUGCGAGGAAGGUGACGUAUUCUACGUGUUCGGUUCAUAAGGGGGAGAAUGAGGGGGUUACGAUCAGGGCGUUGGGGUCCGAGGUGGCGAGGAGGAGGGGGUGGAGGGUUUUGAGGCGGGAGGAGCAGGUUAGGGGGAUGUGGGAGUGGGAUGUUAGGGGGGAGGUGGAGGGUUGUGAGGGGGAUAAGGAGGUCGCCGAGGGGUGUGUCAGGGCUUUUAGGGAUGAUGGACGGGGGACGAUGGGGUUUUUUGUGGUGAUGUUUGUGAGGGACGGGACGGUGGAUGGGGAGAAGAAGCAAGUGGAAGAAGAUGAGGAGGGGCCGUAUGUGAGGGAUCAACAGGGGAGGGUUGUGAGGGAUGAGAAUGGGAUUCCGACGUUGAAGGCUACCGGGAGGAAGGCGGUUGAGGUGGAUGAUACGGAAGGGGAUGUUAGGUUUGGGAGUGGGAGUGAGGGAGAGGGGCCGUUUGUAAGAGAUGGGGACGGGAGGAUCGUCAGAGGGCCGGAUGGGAUGCCGACUCUGAAGAAGGGGGCAGAUGAAGAGAGCGAGGAUGAGAGUGAGGAUGAUUGGAGUGGGUUUGACGAUUAG